AUGACGAUGACCAUUGAUGACCACCACCGGCGUCGCUUCGGUCCCUUGAGCUUCCACCACAUGCCUUCUUUCUCGAGCCAGCCUCACUUUACGGACCCCUGGGCAUCGUCGUCUUCGACGGCACCAGGGCCCCAUUCCGAAAACCAUCAGCACAGCCUCUACACCGGCAACCAGGACAGUGCCGGCCUGCCUCACCUGAACCUGAGCGCGCUCCCAAGGCAACCACCGCCAAGCCAGCAGCAGCACUCGCAACAUUCACAACAACAUGGGCAUCACACAGCCCCCGCUGGAACCAGUGCCUCGAUGGCGUCGUAUGCUUCUCUUUCCGUCACGGCGCCGUCAGCCGUCAGCGCCCCGAUCUCUGGUGUCUACAGGCAACACGAGUUGCUCUCGAUGCCGCCAGAUCCCUACAGUCUGAACCGUCUUCAGCCACCGGCUACGUCGACAGCCUACGACUCAUCUGCAUACACCACGGCCUCCUCUCCGGUGAGCGCAACGUACGCACCGACGUCGGCGUCGGCGUUCGAGCAGCUCGGCUACCCGCCGGCGCCGCUGAGGGGCUCGUUAGCUCUUCCGCAUGAGGACAGCGCGAGGAGAUACUCUCAACAGGGCUUGCAGCCCGACGACCGAAAGAGCUUCCAAGAUGCGCUCGAGGCGAGCCACGGGAUGCUUUCCAUGAGCCAGGAUACUCCUCGAAACAUAUACGACGUCCGCAGCAGGGAGCGGGGCUCCGCUGACUCGUAUGGGUUUCCGUCGGCGCACUCGUCAGCGUCGAGCAUGUCCUCGGCAGGCUUCAGUGGUUACUACGGAGGCUCUGUCGACGGGUCAGUAAGCGACUACUCGGCGACGGGUUCCGAUAUCGAAUCCUUGUCGGGCAGAACACUCCCGAGGCCCCAGGGACUCAUGUCCAACCAACCACCGGCUCCCCAGUCGAUGAUGGGCUCCUUCAGCUCAAGGGUAUCAUCAAGCACGCAAAAGAAGCACAAGUGCAAGGUCUGUGACAAACGGUUCACAAGACCCAGCUCGCUGCAGACGCACAUGUACAGUCACACCGGAGAGAAACCGUUCGGCUGUGAGGUAGAAGGCUGCGGUCGCCGUUUUUCGGUGGUAUCGAACCUUCGCCGGCACAAGAAAGUCCACAAGAGAGGAGGCGAGACACCGUCAGAUACCGGUUCAGAGACACACGAGUCGCCUUAA